ACCCUGAUAACGUCAGAUGCGUCAUUCGCCAUUUUGCUGUUAAGGGAAUAAUAUUGCUCCAUUCAUACUGCAAUUUCCGCUGUUUCUGCACCGAAAUCGCGUUAUUAUUGAGGGAGGAGCGGCUUUAUUUCCAGCGUUUGUGCUGCGGAAAUCAUGUCAGAGAAUCCGGAUGAUCUGGAGCUCGAGUCUGAAGAGAAGCAGGAUUCUCCAGAAAAGACCUGUAACCCCAUACUGUCCGAAGAGGCCAAACUGAAGGCCAAAUAUCCAAGUCUGGGACACAAACCCGGCGGUUCAGACUUUCUGAUGAAGAGACUACAGAAAGGACAAAAGUACUUUGAUUCGGGCGAUUAUAACAUGGCGAAGGCGAAGAUGAAGAGCAAACACGUGGUGCAGAGCGCAGCCGAGAAGAGUCUGGUGACCGGAGACCACAUUCCCACACCACAGGACCUUCCUCAGAGGAAAAACACCAUCCUCACCAGCAAACUGGCCGGAUAAACACACACACACAUAUACACACACAUAUUUAAACUCAGACACAAACACACACACACACACACAUUUAUAUAUAUAUAUA